UCGUGAGUUGUCAAAUUACGUGGCUUUCACGUAGGGAAAACAAGCUGUUCGCCUUUGAUUGAAGAAAAUCAUAUAUUUUAGGCAAAAUACUUUCAAUUAAACAAAAUGAAAAGCUCGUGGAGAUCGCUUAGUUUUGCCAUUUUAGUAGCGGCAUCAUUAUUAAAUACAGCGCACAGUUAUACCAUCACAGUGGAUGCGCAUGCCGAAGAGUGCUUUUUCGAAAAUGUUGAAGCAGAAACCAAAAUGGGACUGACAUUCGAAAUAGCGGAAGGUGGCUUCCUAGACAUAGAUGUAACAAUCACGGGCCCCGAUGGUGCUGUGAUCUACAAGGGUGAGCGAGAGUCUUCCGGAAUGUACACCUUUUCUGCCCCCACGUCAGGCAGAUACACUUACUGCUUCAGCAAUAAGAUGUCCACCAUGACUCCUAAGGUGGUGAUGUUCAACUUGGAAGUGGGCGCAGCUCCCCAGAGUCAGACAGGUGGCAAGGAAGAAGAGGUGAAUCACAACAAAUUGGAGGACAUGAUCAAAGAACUCGCCACCACACUCAAAACAGUCAAACAUGAGCAGGAAUAUAUGCAGGUUCGUGACCGCAUCCAUCGUGCGAUCAACGAGAGCACAAACUCGCGCGUGGUCAUGUGGUCUAUCUUCGAAGCUUCCGUCCUCCUUGUCAUGACCCUCGGUCAGGUCUACUACCUCAAGAGGUUCUUUGAAGUACAACGCGUUGUGUAACACAACCGAAAGUACACCCACUGUACCAACAAAUUUCUGAUGACCAAGGACAUUUGUCGGUACAGUCGAAAUUAACAAGGAUAUAUUUCUUCUUAUGUUGAUUUUAAGUUCUUGUUUAACAAAUGCUGUAUAAAAAGUACUUAGUGCAAAUUAUAGAGAAAUAUAUCCAUGUUUUUAUAUGAAAUUCUCGCUCCCAGCUAUGAACUUUGUGUACAUUUCAUUCAUCACAAAUAGGAGAAAAUCAUCUGUACAAAUAAUACAUUGUCAAUACUUACUAAAAUCAUGGAUGCAUGUGAGUCAAACUAAACUUCUUGGUUACUUAAAGUUAACAUCUAUCAGAGUAUUGAGCAGAAUAAGUUCAAAAUCAAAUAAAUAUGGGUCUCAUUAAAGGUGUCCUGUCGGCAACACCACUGGCACGUGCUAAGAAGUUUGACGUACAUAGACCAUGCUUAUAAUGUUCAUGUCUAUCACAUAACAUUCAUGUUAUCAGGGCCCCGAUUCUCCUAAUUUUACUUAAGCGUCAUACGAUUCACGUUCGACUCGAUUCGACUGAUAUCCGAUCCCGACUCGAUUACGAUUGAAGCGUAUGGUGGCAUUCCGCUAUUUUUUCUUUGAAAUAAACGUUU